UCGGUAAUGUAGCAUUCACGCAUCCGACAUGUGUCGAUGAUUGCCGAACGUUUACAAUCUCGUCUGCUGCUGCCCGCACGCGCCCGAAUCGUGAUUUUGACAGCGGUUUGACAUAUUUUGAUGUUUUACCCAUGAAUUAGGAAUUGUUCAUAAUUAAGUGGCACGCAAGAUGAUGUCCGAGAGGGAUUACGCGCCUCUCAGCGCAGCGUGCGUGCGUUCUCUCAAUGACAAAUUGUACGAGAAACGGAAGCCAGCCGCCGUUGAAAUUGAAAAGAUGGUGAAGGAAUUCGCUGCUCACAACAACACUGUGCAGAUUAAGAGAUUGCUGAAAGUACUUGGACAAGACUUUGCAACCUCGCAGAAUCCGCAUACACGCAAAGGUGGUUUGAUAGGUCUGGCAGCAAUUGCCGUCGGCCUCGGGAAGGACACUGGCCAAUACAUAGAAGACCUUAUCCAUCCGAUUCUGACAUGUUUUUGCGACCCUGAUUUAAGAGUCCGCUAUUAUGCCUGUGAAAGUUUAUACAAUGUCGUUAAAGUAGCCAGAGGUGCGGUAUUACCCCAAUUUACGGAUAUUUUCGCCGCCCUAAGUAAACUCGCCUGCGACUCUGAGCAAAAUAUAAAGAACGCUACUGAAUUGCUUGACAGGCUGAUGAAGGACAUUGUGACAGAGAGUGGUCUCUUCGAUUUAGUUGGAUUUAUGCCUCUGUUACGCGAACGCAUCUACACGAAGAAUCCUUUUGGUCGGCAGUUUGUGAUAGCAUGGGUAUCUGUAUUGGCAGCGGUACCCAAUAUGGAUUUCAUUUUAUUCUUGCCAGAGAUACUUGAUGGAUUGUUCAGGAUAUUGGAGGAUCCGACACCGGAGAUCAAGAAGAUCACGGAUACGGUGCUUGGUGAAUUUCUACGUAGCAUAAAGUCAAAUCCAGCGAGAGUAGACUUCCAGGCCAUGAUAAAUAUACUGAUCAUGCACGCUCAGAGUACGGACGAGUUACUUCAGUUGACGGCAAUUACGUGGAUAAAGGAAUUUGUGCAACUGUCUGGGUCUCUCAUGCUCCCGUAUAUGUCUGGCAUUCUCGUGGCUGUUUUGCCAUGUUUAGCCUACGACGGUGACACACGAAAGAACAUCAAAGAAACAGCGACACAAGUAAACACAAAUCUAAUGAAAUUGAUAAUUAUGGAAAAUACUGAAAUAAUAAAGGACUGCAAAAAGGAGAUCAAUAAUGUAGAUUCUACAAAUGAUAAGGAAGAUGUGAGCUGUCCUCUGGCUGAAAGCUUGAAUCUUGCCAGUGUUGUAGAAGUACUUACAAAACAUUUGUUGUAUAUAUCUGUCCAGACCAAAGUCGCGGUUUUGAAAUGGAUACAUCAUUUGUUUAUAAACAUUCCACACAAGAUGUUCCAUCAUAUAGAAGACUUGUUUCCAAUAUUAAUGAAAUCUUUAAGCGAUGCCUCUGACGAGGUAGUACAACAGACUCUAGUGGUAAUGGCCGAAAUUAUCAGUUCCAAGUCUCCGGAGGCUGCGACGACCGAACCCAACGCGAAGAUGCAAAACAAAUAUUUUACAAAGUUUAUAGUUAAUUUGUUGAGGCUCUUCUCAACCGACAGGCAUUUACUGGAAGAACGAGGUGCUUUUAUCAUAAGGGAAUUAUGUAUACUCUUAAGCGCGGAAGACAUAUACAGGACUUUGGCGAAAAUAUUGCUAGAAGAGCAGAAUUUGAGUUUCGCGUGUACGAUGAUACAAACGCUGAACGUGAUUCUAUUAACCAGUUCAGAGCUUUUCGAUUUACGUAACAAACUCAAACAUUUGGACUCUCCAGACAGUUGCGCAUUAUUUGAAUGUUUAUACGUAUCUUGGUGCCAUAAUCCAGUUGCGACAGUGGCACUGUGUCUCUUGUCUCAGCAUUAUCAGCACGCGUGCAACAUCAUUCGCUCUUUUGAGAACAUCGAGGUCACAGUGGAAUUUCUCACGGAAAUAGACAAAUUAGUGCAAUUAAUAGAAUCGCCAAUAUUUACAUACCUGAGACUACAACUUUUGGAAUGGGAGGAGAACGACGCCCUGAUAUAUGCACUAUAUGGCUUGCUAAUGAUAUUGCCGCAAAGUGAAGCUUAUGCAACUCUGCAACGUCGUUUAGCAGCAAUACCGCCAGCCACGAAACCACCAAAAACAUUCAAGAGCGAACAAUCCCAACAGAAAGCAACAGAUAUUCGUUGCAAGUUCGAUUUCGGCAAAUUGUUAAAACAUUUCCAUAUGGUUCAAGAACAGCACAAAGAACAGAAACGCAAACAAAGGUUAAAUGCCUUAGUCGAGAGAAACAUUCAUAUAGACGCGUGAUUCGCACAUAGCGAUUUUACACGUGAAGUACGUAAAAGAUAUAUCUAAUUUGCUAGUUUUAUACCGUGAGCUCACGUAUAAUCACAUGAGACAACUGUAUACAUCUACUUUGCGUUUAGCUUCGUUAUGUUAUAGCUUUGCUAUAAUUGUAUUAUUUAUUACGAUGCAAUCGUGAGGACAAUUGCAUCGAAAAUAAAUGAUCAUAAGUUAACAAGCUUGUAGUUUACUUAGUCAGAUAACUAUAAGAUACGUUUUAAUUUUUACAUUAUUAUUAGAUCUAUACAUUAACGAAUAU